AGUUUCUGGUGCUAGUUUAAUUAUUCGUUCCUUUCCAAUAGUUAAGAUAAAGAUGCUUGCCAUUGAUAUAGUUUACAAUUACUGUGAUCUCCUAGUUUUCCAUGUAGCGCAUGAAGCAAAUGAAAGUAUGACCAUGAGGUAGUACAAAAUGGAAUAACGGAACAGAUUUUUUUGACUUGAUGUCAUGUCAUUAAUUUGGGAUUUCCAAAUAAUUAUAUUGAGAUAGUUACACUUCAUUCCAUGAAAAAUUUAGCUCUUUUCAUGGGUUAGGAAGUUCUUUGCACUUGUCUGAUAUUCUCACAUUGGCUGCUCGGACCUGACUUAUAAAGUGAUGCUCGUUAUCAUUACCUCAGUUUAUAUGAUGCUAAUAUGAUUACCAUCAGUUGUUUGCACCAUGGUUUCUAUAAACAUGUCAAUCAGUAAAUAAAUAUGAUUGGCAUAUCCGCAUUGGAUGAGAACCUAUUAGAAGAAAUUUAAUUGAUUUCUCAGUUGGAACAAGAGAAAUGGAAUUUUUGCAUUUCGAAUUUCCGUGAGUCAUCAGGCUACAAUGAUUUGCUGCUGUAUAAUUCCUUUCUGUUGGGUUGCAACUUCAUCUUACAAUAAAAAUUUUAAGUUCCGUGAGCUACAUUUAAGUAUGACGUAGGUAGUUAAAAUGGUAUAAUGAAACACAAUUUCUGACCUGAUGGCAUGUCAUUAAUUUGGUAUUGUCAAAUAAUUUUAUUGAGGUACAUGCAAUCCAUUCCAUGGCAAAUGCAGCUUUUCUGAUGCUUUAGGAAGUUCUUUUGCACCUGCCUGAUGAUUUCACAUUGGGUGCUUGGACCUGGCUCAGAAAGCGACACCCUUUAUCACUCUCUAAGUUUAUAUGAUGCUAUAUUAUUGACGUCAGAUUGUUUGCACCAAGAUGCAAUUAUGAGCGAGAAUGAUGAUGGCAUUGCUGCAGUAGAUGAACGAGAAGAUGGUCGGCUGUGCUUCUAUGAGAUUCUUGCCAAUCAUUUUGUUCGAGUACCCAAAAGUGGGCGGCGUAUACUCGAGUUGAUAGUGCAACUCUGGAGCCAGUCCUUUGCGUCCAAUAUAUUUGCACUUCUUUUCCACAAAUGGUUGUUUGAAGCCCCUCUUGAUGGAAAGGAAAUAUCGCUAAGAUACAGCUCUGCCCUUGUUCAAGGUGCUACAAAUGUAUUUUGGAUUGACAUACAGACAAAUACAAGACAUUUUCUCUCCUUGUAUCAUUAUCUCCUUGAAGAUGUUGCUCUAAUCCCUGACCGGCUUACUAAAAUAUCAUUACAGGCUGGUAGAGACCUUUUCCUUCUGCUCUCUAGAUUCAUGUUCUUCUAUGAUCAGGAUCAUUUGCUCUCUAGUUUCCUAGAGCAUUUUCCCCCUUUUCCAAAUUCUUUCUUGGUUGGUGGUCCAGCAGAUUACUUUGUAAUUGAACUCACUGAUCAGCUUCAAAAGCUAAAAAUUGAGCCAGUACUACUGCACUACCUCUCCCGCAUGAGCAUACUUCAAGGGUUGGAACUGAGGUUGAGUACAAGCACUAGAUUAAAGGCCUGCCUCUACAGCAUCACUUCUCCUGGUGGCCCUACCUAUCCAACACGAGCAGUGCGGCAUGCAGCCUGGAAUACAUUGGAUUUGCUUUUCCCUGUUGGUCGCUACCCAAGGCACGUGAUAAGCCUGUUCUUCCGGCUGCUGUAUCCGUGGUACUGGCCUUCCUCUUGCUGGAACUUCGUGGUGACCUGUGCCAUGACUAUCUACUACUACAUUUUAAACCUGCUCGUCUCAACCUGGGAGAGCCUGAGGCGGCAUAGUCAUCGAAGAACGCACGGUGAAUGAAGGCAUGAUGGCUGAACCAGUACCAUCUUGUGGUGUUGUUCAUUUUCUUUCAUUUUUCGCAAAGCAGUGCAGUAAAGCAGUGCCGUAAGUAGUAACUUAUGCGUUUGUGCAAACAACAUGUUCUGUAUAAACUGCUACAUUUGUUCAGUUGUCUGUAUAGGAAGAGGAACAGAAGGUGAUGAAGGAGAGCAUGUGCAUUUCUGGCUUCGUUUCUCCGGUA